GCGGCAGUUUCUUCAGCCCAUAACCCUUGAUAAAAAAUUACAAAAUUUUCACCCCUUGAAAAAAGCCCACAACAAAAUUUUCAUCCCUUGAAAAAACCCACAACAAAAUUUAAAAGCCCAGAACGUAACCCACAAACACAUAGAGCUCUUAUCACUCUCUCGUUGAAAGCAUGAAAUUGAGAAAGCAUAGAAAUCUUACAGAGCUCAUGGAAAUCUCAUAGAGCUCGACGAUCAUGGAGAUCUCAUAGAGCUCGACGAUCAUCGAUUAGGUACGUAAUCGCACAGCUCCGAUUAGGCACGAGUUGAUAUCGGUUUUGUGACUCUUCAUCGUUGUGUUUCUCAGCUCCGAUUAGGUUGUAGCACAGAAAGCGAAGGAAGUUGAAAUCACUGAGCAGGACUCGCUUCUUCUGUUGUCGUGUCUAUGACCAGCUUUGGGUUGUGGAAAUUGAGAGGGAGAUUACUGAUAGUGGAGGUUAGUGGUAAGGGGAUGAAACUAGGGGGGUUUAUUUGUUUUGGUUGGGUUCAUCCACAGCGUGAAUUGGGUUUAUUUGUCUUUCAAAGUGAAUUAUUGGUUUGGUUUUAUAAAAUUUUGAGUGUGAUUUGACUGUAAUGGAAAUUUGAUGGUGGGUUUAGUUCUUUUUAAAUUAAAUGCAUACCUAGUGAGAACCCAGUUCUCUGAGCUGAUGUUGUAAUUAGAGUGAUGUUGUCUUCUAAAGUGAUGUGGAAAGCUUGUAUAAAUACUGCUAACUGCUGCCCGAAAUGCGACUCGCUUAUAAUAAUUUCUUGGACAAAAUGGAUUUUUUUAAAUCUUCAUGGGGCAUCCUAGUAUCCUACCCUUCUUUCUUUUAUUUUUUUUUAGUUUUGUUGAUUAAAGGAUUAGAGUACCCUAUAGUUUGUUGUUUUUUUAUGGGUUCUUAGCACACUGCCUGUGUACAGUCAGCUUAUAUGCAAAUUAUCUUAUAUAAUAUUCAUGUGUACAGUUAGCUCUUCCUCCUGAGCAGCUAGCUUGGUGUGGGUUAGACAGUGUGUUACUUUUAAUCUAAUACUUGUUUGGAGAUUCCAUGAAUCUAGAGCGCUCAUGUGCUUUGAUAAAGGGGCAAGAGAUCAAGAUGAGAUACAAUAUAAUAGAAACUUCAAUUCCUCGGAAACAUGGACCUGCUAUUGCUGGUUAUGAGUUGGCUUUCUUGAAGCAUGUUGAUUUUGAUGUUGUCCACUGUGCUGUGAUUUUAAGUCCUGGUUUCACAAAGGAUCAGUUUCAUCGUCACUUAUUGUUGGAGGCAGAAAGAAGACAGCUGAGACCUAUUAUCGAGAACAAGUCACGGAUAGUUCUUGUGCAUACAACAUCAGGAUACAAGCGGCUUUGCUGUUAAUUUGGGUUGCUGAUAUAAGGAAACAUGUGAAGAAUUUAGAAUUUGGGAAGGGACACGUAUAUAAAGCUGUGCAUGUAACCGAUUUUUAUUUCCUUUCAUUACCUUUGGCCUUAUAUAGGAUGUAUUAGGAUUUGUUCUAUUCACCUACUACCAUGUCAGAUUGUGCAAAGAACCUUGUUUUUACAAUUUAAAACUCUUGCCCCUGUUGACUAUUGAAUUAGAUCAUAUAAAUAUUGAUCGGGUUAAUCUGACUUUUGGUAUCAUAUAAAUUCAUACAAUUAUGAA